UUCAAAAUCAUCGAACAAGAAAACUAUGUACAUCCAGCCUUACAAACACCAAGUGCCCAUUGAAAUAGCACAAGAGCCUUGCCUCUCGUGUCUCGUCUAUCAUCCAAUAUUCUCACUCUCGUUUCUUGCCGACCUGCGCGGCUGCGCCGAGAAGAGGACGACACUCACCUACAGUCCUCCUCCGCCGCUGCUGCCGCUAGUUCGUCUCCGCCGUCGAUCCUCACCUGUGCCGAGUAGAAGCCCCUCACCUACAGUCCUACGCUGCCGUCGCUGCUGCCGCUAGAUCGUCUCCACCGUCGAUCCUCACCUGCGCCGAGUAGAAGUCCCUCACAUUUACAGGUAACAUCGUCCAAACUUUCAAUCUUUUCGUUUAAUGUUUUGAGCUAAGCAGUUCCAUUUUAUCCCGCCGGUGGCCCUGUUGGGUUUGGCAAUGGCAUAGAAUAAUAAUGGGUGAUGAAUAGAGUUCUACCACCUUUGUCAACCUGAGCUGGAUUUGGAUAAGAGCAGACAGAAAGCUAUUACUCAGUGCAGAAAAGUUGGUCCUUUGUUGCAAGGUAGCUGAAUGUCGACAAUUUAAUGAUUUAUGUAGUUAGGUUUGGAAAUGAAAUCUUGAUGCUAGGCAUAACUGAGCCCGAUUCGACUAAUGAGUAAUAGACAUAUAACUAGACGCAAAGGGAAACGGACGCAAAUUAAUGGUUAUUAAUGUUUUGGCAAUUGCAAAUAACUCAGAAAUGGACGCAAAGUGAAGCAUCUUGGUUUAUAAUUCUCUGUUGUGUUUCACUAGUUAUUAAUAUAUAUGUUGAAUCUGCAGAAAUGGACGCAAAUAACUCAGAGAGAGAGAGAGUGUUUCUGGUAGCUCUAGUCCAUUUUCAAUUCCUAAACCGAAGGCUAAUUCCCAUCGUAGAUCAGAUGUGUGGGAAGAUGUCGAAUUAUUCGACUCUGUUGAUGAUGAGGGAGUCGCUGUUAAGAAAGGAAAAUGCAACACUUGCGGCAAGAUAUAUAAGGCGGGUGCAAGAGAAGGCACAUCAACUCUGUGACGUCACGUUAAAAGCUGUAAGAAACUCCUAUCUUCAAAUUUGAACUCGGAUGCAAGUCAUUCACUUGGGCCUAACACAUGUGAUAGUUGUGGUCACAAUAAGAUAACUCAGGAAGGCUUUCGUGACAAGCUAGCAUCAGCAACAAUUAUGCAUGAUUAUGUUUUUAGAUGUGUUGAGCAUAUUGGAAAUAGAGAGGUGCAUCAUUACCUAAAUAGUAAUGCUAAACCAAUUUCAAGGACCACACAUAAAUAUGAUAUCAUGAAGAUGCAUGAAAGAAUGAAAGUUGAGCCGAAGUCUGAUUUGCAAAAGAAUUCUAGUCGUAUUUGUUUGACAAGUGAUAUGUGGACUUCAUUGACAAGUAGAGGGUAUCUAUGUUUGACAGCUCAUUAUGUUGAUGAUGAAUGGAAGUUGAAUAGCAAUCUUUUGAGUUUUUGUCAUCUUCCUCCUCCACAUUCAGCUUAUAGAGUGAAAGCAACAGUUUAUCGUUUGCUUAGGGAGUGGGGUAUUGAUAGCAAGGUUUUCUCUAUCACAUUGGAUAAUGCUAACAAUAUGACUACUAUGCAAAAUGAAUUGCAUGAUUAGUUGAAUGCACAAAAUGGAUUAUUAUGUGCUAGCAAGUUCUUCCAUAUACGUUGUUGUGGACAUAUACUGAAUCUUGUUGUCCAAGAUGGGUUGAAGGUGAUUAGAGAUGGUAUCAAAUCUGUUAGAGAAAGUGUCAAGUAUGUUGAGGGAUCUAAAGGAAGAAAAAAAAAGUUUAAGGAGUGUGUUGAACAAAGUGGGAUGAAACAGUCAAAGUCGUUGUGGCUUGAUGUGCCAACAAGAUGGAAUUCAACUUACAAUAUGAUUGAUCGAGCAAUCUUUUAUCGUGAAGCUUUUGUCAACUUAGCAAGGAUGGAUAAUGAGUAUAAGGAUUGUCCAUCAAAUAAUGAUUGGGAGAAAAUGGAGGUGCUUGCAAAAUUUUUGAAGUCAUUUAAUGAAAUCACGAAGUUAUUCUCGGGAACCAAGUACCCAACAAGUAACUUGUUUUUCGAGAAUGUUUGGAAGAUCCAUCUUGAGCUGAAAAAUCUUUGUAUAAGUUUUGAUGAUGAUAUGAGAGGUAUGGGAAACACAAUGAUGUCCAAGUUCUUGAAAUAUUGGAAAGACUACAACUUAGUGCUUGCUUUUGGUGUCAUUUUGGAUCCUCGUUACAAGCUUGCAUUUGUCAAAUUUUGCUAUGAAAAGUUGGGCGAAGAGUACACUUUAAAGCCGAAGGCUAUUAUGGAUGAUUUGGAGCUGCUCUUUAAGGAGUACAAAACUCAAUCGUCCACUUUACCUAGUCAAAGUGUGGUGCAUAUGGCAUCUCUGAGUGUUCCUUUGGAUAGCCACACUGAUGUAAGUAUUCUAACUACCUUUUGAGUCAUCUUGUUGUUUAUACUUCUUUCGAUCUUAUGUCUGAUUAUUGAUGAUAUGUAUUAUUUUCUGGGUUUCUAUGCUUCCAAUAUCAAUCAGAACACAUCAACUAGAUCCGUGUUGGAGUUAUAUUUGGCGGAUCCUUUAAUUCCUGCUUAUGCAGACAUUGAUGGGGUUCCUACAUUGCUUCCUUUUGAAGUAUUGCAAUAUUGGAAGGAUCAUCAAUUUUGAUAUCCUCAACUCUCUCGGAUGGCAAAAGAUGUGCUUUCUAUUCCAAUUUCAUCAGUUGCUUCAGAGUCGUCUUUUAGUUUGGGAGGUAGAAUAUUAUCCAAAUGGAGGACUUCCAUUUUGUCUGAUACCCUUGAAGCUGUUAUGACAACUCGUAAUUGGAUGCAUGGAUAUAAAAUGGGUAAGAAAAUUUCUAUUCUUUGUGUAUACUAAAGUAGGUGAGAGUUUACUUACAAUGGUGUUUUUACUUUCAAUGACUAAUUGUACAGAUGAGGAUAAUGAAGAUGCAGAAUAUGAUGGAGAAGAACUGAAGCUUGUUGAUUGAUCGCCAAGUGAAUUGCCAUUUUAAUUUGUGAACCUAUUUUGUUGGUACGUAAGAUGUGACAAUGUCAGCUAUGUAUUUGUAUCCUACUAUUUUUUAUAUGGUAGAACUUAGUAAGCAAACUAUUAUGUAUCUUCUUAUUAUUGGGGCUAGGGUAUGAGUUAUGACUUAUGUACUAUUAUGAAUCUUCGUAUGCUAGGUUAAUAUUUUGACAAUGUUAUGUGACCAGUUAUAUUAUGCGUAGAAGAAAAAAUAUUGUAAUUAUUAGGUACUGAUAUAUGAUUGGCUUAAUUAAGUCAAUCAUGUUUUUCAUAUGUAUGUGUUAUCUAUAUAUAUUAUUUAUAUACAUCAACCAAAUGUAAAAAAUGUUGACAACCCUCCUAGGAUUUCUACUUAUCUACCGAGACAGUGAGACUAUUAUGUGAUUCAAUUAAAUGACAGUUUGUAUUUGUCAACACAAAGUAAACCUUUGUUCUUGGUGGGAAAGAUGAAAAAAUAAUAGGGCAAGUCACAUAAACUUUAUAUAUAUAUUAUCUAUAUAUAAUAUUUAUGCAAAAAAAUAUAUUAUGUAGUAUUAUUCGUGCCAGUCGGGCGGGUUCGGGUUGGGUUAAUCGGGUUCGGGUUAGUCGGGUUACGGGUCUAGCGGGUUGCGGAUCAAGCGGGUUCGGGUCAAGCAGAUUGCGGGUCAAGCGGGUUACGGGUCGGGCGGGUUGCGGGUCUUUGACUUUUAGUCUAAUCGGGUUGCGAGCGGGUCGCGGAUUGGGUUGGUUGGGCGGGUUAGAGGAUGGGACUUAAUUGUACUAAAUCACUGUAUAUGACAGGUCAUGGGGCCGAGUGGGAGUGGUAAAACUUGGUUGUUACUUGUUAAUAAGGAGCACAGUCAGCAGUGGCUGGUCUUUGGAAUUUGAUUCCCUUGGUGGGGUUCCGUUUGGCGUUUCAGCAAAAAUUUCCACCUUCGCGUUUCAGAUGGCCGUUUCCGUUUUUGCGCGAUUCGUCGCUUAGCGUUUCUGGCACUUUCUCUCUCCCCUUUAUCUAGGCGUUUUUGGGCCUUCCACCGCCUGAUUUGGGAACCCAAUUUCAAGAAAGCAAGACGAGGAGAGUAGGGUUUUAAAUCUAGCGAUUAGCGAAUAUCCGAUCAAACAGCGGAGAAGAACCAAGAGAAGAAGAAGUAGAAGGCUCAGCAAAAUUCAGAGUCGGAAAGAGGUAUCAGAUUGGCAGAUGUCGUUCCUGUGGGAGAAGAGUGAGACAUGGCGAUGGCUGGUGAGGAGGACGAGGGACUCCAGGCCCUUCUUCUUUGGAUUCGCCACUGUCUGCGGGGUCGUUCCCGGCGUCAUCGGCUAUUGCGUUAUGCAGCUCACUAACUCCCGAAACCCAGAGCUGGAGCUCCGUCUCCGACAGAAUGCCCGCCCCGACUCCACCAUGAUGGGUAGAGUUAAUCAAGAGAGACUAGCUGAGUACCUCGGGGAGCUGCAAAGGAAAGAGGACACAAAUGACCGAUAUGUAGCUGCUUUGAGAGGAGAGACAUUGACCAGGAAACCUUAUCAGAGAAUUCAGCCAAUGAAAGAGCUGACGAAAGCUGCAGCGAACCAGGAUCAGCAUGUGGGGAAGAUUUCUCAGAAACGGGCUGGCUAGAAUGCUCCUAAUCUUGUUAUUGUUGGGUUUCCGCCUACUAGAAUGUGUGGCGUGCCAAAGAAUAGAAGUGAACACGGUCUUAUGUAACGGAUUAUCGUGUUAACUGAGGGAUGCUGGCUGGGAAGGAUGUCCUCUUGCCGUUUGUUCCUGUUAUGUAAAGAGGAAAGAGAUGACAACUAAAGCAAAAAAUGUUAUGUGCCUUGUUCGCUUAUUUAGAUUUAUGAUUCAAAACAAAUCCUCAAGUACUCAUUUUUUGCAUAAAGUUUACUAUAAGGU